AUGUUAGGGUUUUCAGGAAGCGUGUCUUUGAGGCUUGAGAGAGAGGCGCGGCUUGAUAUGGACGAGGCUUUUGACCACUCGAAUAAGUCAAUGCAGACACAACGAUACUACUACCACGUGUCGAGGAUGAAUAAUCAACACACCACGCUUGUGCCUGGUGAUACUUUCAAAUUGCACAUCAAAGUUUUAUAUCACUCAAUCCACACAACCCCAGAAGGGUUACAGCAUCGAUUUUCUCCAAGAUCCAUACCCUCCCAUGAUUUCUUCCAAGAGGGUCAAAAUUUCUUGCACUCACUGUUGUCAAGCACACGCUUCUCCAUUGAAUCUCUUGAGGAAAUAGCAGAGGGGGUUGUUUCUACUGUUCGAGAAUUGUUUCAUGUUGGUAGCGUUGAUGCUCUUCUUUCUUUGGAAUCUCAACAUCGAGUCAUCCCUUUAUCAGUGACCGUUAUAAUAUUGAAUUAUGAUGUGGAUGCAGCCAGGGAAGCGUCGAGGCAGUGGUCUAGAAUGAAUAAUGCAUCCAACGAAGCCAUGAUAAAGACCUUUCUGAAGAAAUGUACAGUUAUGAGAGGGAGUGAAGAUUGUUCUAUCUGCUUGGAUAGGUUGAAUAUCAAGGCUGAGUGCUACACAAUGCCAUGCCAUCAUGCAUUUCAUCUACCAUGUAUUCUCACAUGGCUCAAAACUCGUCCCCUGUGUCCCUUGUGUCGCUCCCCUUUGCCAACUCUUGAAAACUAG